AUGCAGCGCAUCGUACGACCAAUUCAAUACUAUAAAUCAGUCCAUUCACGAAGAUUCACGCCACACGAUGAGGGAAUUGGCAGAGAAAAUGGAAAGCUCCCACAGUACCACAGAGCGUCACCCUCACUCGAGGGAAAAGGUUCAAAAGUUGGGCGCAUGGGUUCCGCAUGCUUUGAACGACAACAACAAAAAUCAACGAUGCACGAUCACAAGGGUAGAAGUUGUACGAUAAACGAGAACAGACUAUUAAUUAAUCUGCUGUGCAUUUCCUGA